CAGCGACAUCCUGUUUGUCUUUAUCUUAAAAAAAAAGUUGCAAACACAGUUCUUCCCUCACAAGAUCAGUAGAGCGGAGGUAACAUUGCAGCUCGGAGUGGAGACAUCGGGGUGACAACCAAGAGAGAGGCGGCCGUACUGGAGGAAGGCCUCUGCAUGAAACCCCCUCUACUGAAUGUCCCAGCCUUGGUCCCACACUGAGGACAUGCUUGAUUUGGUUUCCACCGCCGGGGGAGCUACGAACAUUUUCACUUCUUGAGAACAGAGGACUCCGUUACCCACCCACACACACUUUCCAGCUGUGUAUGUCACCAGCUGCAAGUGUCACUUAAACCCACCGAGCAUCACACGUGUUAGUCCCCCGUCCUCCCCACGUCUGAAGAGAUGGAGGCCGUUGCCAUCUACAACUUCAAAACCACGGAGAGAGAUGAGCUGCCCUUCAACAAAGGAGACAUACUAAAGAUCCUCAAUAUGGAAGACGAUCAGAACUGGUUCAAAGCAGAACUUAAAGGACAAGAGGGCUACAUUCCGAAGAAUUAUAUCAAAGUCAAGCCCCAUCUGUGGUACGCCGGCCGGAUCUCCAGGCAGGUAGCGGAGGAAAUUUUGCUGAAAAGGAGAUUUCUGGGCGCCUUCCUGAUCCGUGAUAGUGAAAGUUCUCCCGGGGAAUUCUCCAUCUCAGUCAAUUACGGUCACCACGUGCAGCAUUUUAAGGUACUUCGAGAAAAAUCCGGAACAUACUACCUGUGGGAAACCAAAUUCGGCUCGCUCAAUGAACUUGUGGAAUUUUAUCGAUCGAAUUCCAUCGCCAAAACCCAUCCGGUGCUCCUGAAAGAUGAAGAGGAGAAGAGGAAAAAGCUUUUUGUCCAGGCUCAGUACGACUUCCGAUCGGAGAAGACCCACGAGCUCUCUUUCCAGCGAGGGGAGAUCAUUGAGGUCAUGGACAGUUCGGAUCCCUGCUGGUGGAAUGGAAGAAUUUCCGGGAGGGUCGGCCUCUUCCCUCGAAACUACGUCAACCAGAUCCACAUGUGAUGGAGGUGACCAUCGCGCCUCUUCCUAAUGACUCUGAGACUGAGGUUUGUCAGCCGGUGACAACAACCUCAACCCAACUGAGAAAAGGUGGCACACAAGGGCCACCUUCAUUUUCUUAUCAUUGUAGUGAAAGACUUUUCUAUGGAUUUCAUUGUUUUUUUGUUUUUUUAGCUUUAUUCGUCUAGGAACAGGAAAUCUUCUUUUAUUAUUAAAGGAACAA